AUGAUUCCAUACCCAGAACCUUGUCAGACCAUGUUCCAGCAACGUCGACUUGGUGCACUAGGAGUUGAGUGGCGUCCUUCAUCUAUCAAAUUUGCUGUUGGUCCGGAUAUUGGUUUUGGCCAGGAUUAUCAAAUGCCUCUAUUGGAAGAUUUGGAUAGAAUGUUUGAGCCGCUACCAGAGUUCAUAGAUGCCACUUACUGGGAACCAGAAAAUGAAGUCAUAAGUGACAACACUGACUCUGAGUAUAAUGUUGCGGAGGAAUGCAGCAGUGAGGGGGAGCAGGGUAGUUUGUGUUGCAGCUCUCGCAGUGAUCCUGAUUGUAGUACAGAGGACGCUGAUGCUGAACAUAGUAAAAAGGAUGAAACUGAAGUUAUUGGUUUUCAGGCUGAACUAAUGGCAUCUUCUGAGAGGCGUUUGAAGAAAAGAAACAUGGAUGAGCGUGAUGGCUCAAUAUCUGGAAGUAAUGGAGGUAAGAAAUUGAAAGGUGUUCAGAAAGUCUCUAAGAGGAAGUCUUCCAAAGCAAAGUCAUUACCAGAAUAG